GCCUCCCUCCCCCAUAUCUUCGUUUCCUCCGUGGCUGCGCCGCGCUCGUCUCCGAUUCUUCAUCCUUUGGCAUUCCUCCAUCCUUCCUUCCAAGAUUUCAUAACCUCUCUAGGCUACCGGGGCAAUCGGACUCAAUCUUUUGAACCUCUAGGGUUUUGCGACUCUAAAUUGCUCCUGGCCUCGGAAGUGGGGUUCUUGAAAUACGCGCAAUUUUGUGGGAGUUUAGUGGUUGGGAUGGAUAUAUUUGAAGCUUCAAUCGUACAUCACAUUGCGCUGGUGCUGUUAUUGCUUUGGAUCUUGUCGUCGUUGGGUUGGGCCAAGCCGAUUGUCUUCUUUGCAGCUUUGUUUUAUCUUUACAAGGUUUAUGAACGCUAUCUACUUAGACUGCGGAAGAGACUAGAGUUUGAGGGAAGAAAAUUUGCCGACCAACAAAGGCUGCUUUCUGAUUCAGAAUCAGUACGAUGGCUAAAUCAUGUGGUUGAAAAGAUUUGGCCUAUAUGCAUGGAACAAAUUGCAUCACAGCAGUUUCUGUUGCCCAUCAUACCAUGGUUCUUGGACAAAUACAAGCCUUGGACUGUUGGGAAAGCAGUUGUUCAGCACCUUUACUUGGGUAGGACCCCGCCAGUGUUUACAAGAAUGCGGGUUCUUCAUGAAUCAACUGAUGAUGACCAUUUGGUUCUAGAGCUGGGUAUGAAUUUUCUGUCAGCAGAUGAUAUGAGUGCAAUACUUGCAGUUCAAUUAAGGAAAAGAUUAGGGUUUGGAAUGUGGGUGAAGAUGCAUGUGUCAAGAAUGCAUGUUGAAGGAAAGGUUCUGGUGGGAAUGAAGUUCCUUCAGCAGUGGCCAUUUCUUGGGCGUGUGAGGGUAUGCUUUGUUGAGCCACCAUACUUUCAGAUGACAGUAAAACCAAUCUUUAAUCAUGGGAUCGAUGUUACUGAACUUCCAGGAAUUGCCGGAUGGCUUGAUAAGAUUUUGGCAGAUGCAUUUGAACAGACAUUGGUUGAGCCUAAUAUGCUGGUUGUUGAUGUGGAAAAAUUUGCUUCGGUGCCAAGAGAGAUUUGGUUUAGUGUUGAGGAGAAACAUCCAAUUGCAUUUGCUAAAGUGGAGAUUAUAGAGGCAACUGAAGUUAAACCGUCAGAUUCAAAUGGGCUUGCUGAUCCUUAUGUGAAAGGUCAGCUUGGCCCUUACAGAUUCCGGACAGAGAUUCAAAAGAAGACUCUAGCUCCAAAAUGGCUCGAAGAGUUUAAGAUCCCCAUCAGUUCAUGGGCAACACCUAACAUCCUAGUUCUUGAAAUUCUAGACAAGGAUCGUGUCUUUGAUGACAUGCUUGGGGAUUGUUCGAUAGACAUUGCUGAUCUCAGGGGUGGGCAAAGGCAUGACAAGUGGUUGACCCUAUGGAACAUCAAUACCGGAAGGUUGCACUUGGCAAUUACUGUGCUUGAUAUUGAUUCUAAAAAGAAAUUCUCACAGGGGAAGGAGCAGUCCAGUGAUGAAAGCUUAUCAACAGAAACUGAUACUCCAAAAUCUAACUCGAUGGCUCGGAACAGUGGUACAUUUUCCAAGGAUGACUUUGAACCCAUUAACAUUGAAGGGCAACGGGAGACAGGAAUUUGGAUACAUCAUCUUGGGAGUUGUGAAGCUUCUACACAGGAGCCAAGAAAAGCUUAUACUCAGGUCUCAGAAACCCAGCUCCCUGGAGAGGAUGAUGCUGGCAGAGACAGCCCAAGAUCAUUAGCUUCUGAGUGCAGUGAUAACAACAACGUCCGAAAAUCAUAUAGAAAUGAUAUGCACGGUUUUCGCACAAUUCGGAGAGGCCUGCACAAGUUUGGGAACAAAUUCCAGAGAAGCUCAAAGAAUGAGAUUCCUAGGCAGAAUAGACGGGAGCCUGUUCCCACUCCACAUCCCAGACCUAAAGCAGUUGGUGAGAAGGGUAUGGCUGUCCAGCUCAUGGCGGAAGAUAGCUGCAUUGAAAACUCUAUCAACUUAAAGGCAAACCAGAAGAGCUGCAACCUUGAGAAGGGUGAGGGAGGAAAAUCAAACAAUGGCCACGAGAGAGGCAUGGGAAAACCAUAACAUACAGGGAGGUCAUUCUACUCACUACCUAGUAAGUCAUAAACAGGACAGGUCAUCUGCAGUGGCUCAAAGGUGGUUCUCACGCAACAACUGGUUGUUUUUAAGAACAACCAGCUAGUAAAUGAAUGGUCUAUGGCAACCCAUCUGCCUUCGACCAGGAAAAAACUAUUGCUAAAGAUGAGAACAGUGCCAGGGAAUGUUCUGUUGGACGACACCUCUGGUUCUGUGAAAAUUUUCCUUGACCCCAACUGAGUAUUUUGUUAAAAAUGGCAAUUGUGAAGUACACGUCAUAAACCCUCUUACAGUGAUCAAUAUUUGUUUUUAUUGUAAAUAGUAUGUUGAAAUAUAAGUCUAUUUUUAUGA